CUCCAAAUUCAACCGUUGUGAAUGUGUCGUGAAUGCAGUACGUUGUGUGAUAGUUGUCCACGGAAAACGCCUGCCGUAUACCACUUCAGUAUCGUGAGUGAUACAAGUUGUUUGUCAGUGUUUGUAAAUCACCUGCGUGUCACUCGAGUCCCUAAACUAAGGCGCCAGAGCCAGCAAAUGACAAUACUUAGCUAAGUCGGCUAAGCUAACCCUCCUAGCUUGAAGCAUGCCGAAUUUUUGCGCGGCCCCAAACUGUACACGGAAGAGUACACAGUCAGACUUGGCAUUUUUUCGGUUUCCACGGGACCCAGAAAGAUGCCGAAUCUGGGUGGAAAAUUGCCGCAGGGCAGACCUAGAGGCGAAAACAUCUGACCAGUUGAACAAGCACUACAGAUUAUGUGCCAAACACUUCGAUCCAGCUAUGGUGUGCAAAACUAGCCCCUAUAGGACUGUAUUGAAGGACACAGCCAUUCCAACCAUAUUCGAUCUGACAAGCCAUCUAAGAAAUCCUCAUACCAGACAUCGCAAGCGGAUUAAAGAACUUACUGAAGAAGAUAUAAGAAAGAUUAAAGAAAGGAGGUUGGCAUCUUCUAUUGAACAGCUUGUUUCCAAAAAAGAUGCAGCAGUUGAGGAUAGCACAAGCACCAAUGAGGAUGAACCUCAGCUGUCCACAGAGGAGAAGGAGUUUCGUGAAUACCUGAGAUCCUUGUUUGAGGUCGUGGUCAUGUUAGGGAAACAGAGUAUCCCAUUAGUGGCUGACAAAGCAUCUGAAGCUGAACACAAGUCCAACAACUUCCAGGCCCUUCUAGAUUACCGCAUAAAUUCUGGAGAUGAAGCUGUGAAGAAGCGAUUUGAGGCGACAGCUAUAAACACAGAAUACCUGUCUGCAACCCAGCUGAACCAGCUCCUGGACGUCUGUGAGAAUACAGUGAGAGAGGAGAUGCUAAUGGAGGUGAGGGAGAGCCGCUUCUUCUCCCUAGUGACAGGUGACCUUGUUGAAUUUUCCAACGAGAAACACCUGCCUCUAUUUUUACGCUUCGUGAAUCAACAGAAUGUCCUUCGCGAGGAGUUUUUGGACUUUUUACUUUUUGACGGUGAUGAGUCUGCACUGGUAGAGAGGCUGGAGGCCCAGCUCACUGACCGCUGGGGGCUUAGCAUGGAGGACUGCCGUGGUCAGGCCCACAAGGCCACUGGGACUUCCACCACCAAGAUGAAAGCUGUGGCAGUAUUACUGAUGGAGAAGUAUCCCCUUGCGCUGCACAUGCCCUGUUCCCAUACGGCACUGAACAUCCACCUGGCCAACAGUCUGCCUUUUCCCAAUGUCCAGGUUGUCAUGGAGACCCUGAGGAGGACUGGUGCUUUCUUUAGAACCCCGCUGACUCAGGAUGAACUGGAGACAGCCAUCUCUUCUCACUACCAGAAAAAUGAAGAGAAAGGAGCUGCACUGAAACAAGCUCGUGGCUCAGGAUGGACAGAGCAGCACAACGUCUUUGAUGUGCUGCUAGAUUUGUUGCCACCCCUGCUGCUGUGCAUGGACAACAUUUGGGACAAUGUCGGUGGAAGGUUUGCUGAUGCUGUCACAUCAGACGCGUAUUCAAUCAAAGAAACUUUGGCCGACUUUGAGAUCAUUGUCACCAUCGUCAUCUUAAAGAAUGUUCUCACGUUCACCAGAGCCUUUGGGAGGAAUCUCCAAGGGGAAACGCUUGACGUGUUUUUUGCUGCCAACAGUCUAACUGCUGUCCUGCAUUCACUAAAUGAGGUAAAUGAUAACAUCGACGUCUACCAUGAAUUCUGGUAUGAGGAGGCCAUGAGCGUGGCCAACACAAUGGAGAUUCCUGUGAAGGUCCCGAGGCUGUUCCUCCGUAAACAGCGUGCAGCUGAUGUGGGUGAAAUCCAGGCAGAGUCGUAUUUUAAGGAGUAUGUGACUGUCCCUGUUAUCCGUGGCAUCAUGCAGGAGGUGGAGGACAUGUUCUCUGAGACCAACCUCAAAGCGCUCAAGUGCCUGUCGCUGGUCCCAGCUGUUAUGGGCCAAAUGAAGUUCAACACCACCGAAGAGAACUAUGCCGAUGUUUACCGCGACGACCUCCCCAACCCAGACACGCUACCCGCAGAGCUUCACUGCUGGAGAAUCAAGUGGAAGCACAGGGGCAAAGAGGUGCGCCUGCCCACCACCAUUCACGAAACCUUGCAGCUUCCGGAUGUCAAGUUCUUUCCCAAUGUGAACUCCUUCCUCAAGGUGCUUUCCACUUUGCCUGUGCUGAAGCUUGAAGCCAGCAAAAAAGACACAGCAAGUGAACGGCUGCAGGCUUAUCUUGCCAGCAUGUCGGCUAACCGGUGGAACAAAAGCCUCACAAUGCUCAACAUUAACACUCAUGUCAAACAUGACUUGGACGUCAUGGUAGACAAAUAUUGCAGACUCUAUCCGGAGGACGACCCUGAAGCUGAGGCAGAGUCCGAGGAAGUGGCCGAGGAAGACGCUGUGAUGAAAUGAUAUGACGGACACUGAACUUAUAUAACUGCUCUGGGACAAAAAUGAGUGAAACAGAUAUUUUGUUGGUCACAAACACGUCCUCCUUCAGUUGCUCAUGUCUAUUUCCCUUCACUUACAGCUGGAUAUUUGUACUAAUAACCUAAAUUCAGAUGUGUGGAGGUCAUGGAUGGAAAAAUUGCGGCACCACAAAACAUCCAGAAAUGUAAAGCUCUGUUAAAGGCGUGGUCUGUAAAUAUUUGAAGUUUCUCUAUCAGGUUGUUUUGUUAUUAGAGUAGCCUCCUCUGUAAUGAUGCUGUGAUCUUAAGGAAAGUAGUUUCUGGCCUUUUUUUUCCCUUCAUAGAUUUUAUUUGUUAAAUCGAGUAGAUGGGUUUUCUCUGCUCAGGUUAACCCUGGCUCAUUUACAGUAAGCUUUACUGUGUAGUUUUAAUUCAAACCACAUAAUGAACCCGAGUAGCUCUGUUGAUCCACAGCACAGUGAUUCCUUUUCAGUGACUGUGAGGCAGGAGGUGCACAAGAGGGAGCAGUUACACCAAUAUCAGCCCUGUCCCUGAAUGAAUGCCGAUAGGAAGCCAUUUUUUUUUAUAUGAAUCAAAAGCUUAUAUUGAUAGUGUGCUAUGUUUUGGAUAGUUAUAAAGGCAGGUAUGUUGAAAGUUCACUUUAAACGGUAUAUUUUGAUUGGAGCAGCUCUUGAUCAGAUAACUGAAAAGAGGAAAAUACCGUUCUGACAUGUACUGAAGUCACGUUUCCCUCACCAUGUGCUGUUUUACAGAGAAAAAAAAGGAAAUUUAAUACAACACAGCUCUGGGUGUAGCAGUAAUUGUAUGUUAUGUUUAGUUUGCUUUUGUUGCCUCCCAAACAAUUCUUCAACUUGUAAAAUUUUACAUUUAACUUUCAUAAUCUAUUUUCAGUUUGUUUUAAUAAAAUCCUGUUCAAGAAGGAAAAAUGAAGACACUUU